GAAAAUUGCUUGGACACUUUGCAUGCCGUGCGUGGAUUCUGCGAGACCAUAAGUGGCAUUCUGCUCCACAAUUUCGUUUGCAUGAUCCCCAGAUUUGCCUCCGGCUCAACAACUCCCGUCGAGUACCUACGAGUUUCGUCACCCUCCAGGGCCUUUAGGACCACUUUCUCCAGGCUUUCGUCGAAAGCCUCGAUGACAGAGUCGGUCAGCAAUCUUCUCAAGCCCCGGAAAUCGACGCUGUCUUGGGGGGCCUUCGAAGGCAUCUCAAUAUCUAGUGUAUGCUCUGUCAGGGCAGCCUGCCAACUCCUAAGAAAAGACAACAUGGUUUGUUCCCCUUCUGGUCUUGCAACGCGACUCGUCAGCUCUAAUGUGUUUAGACUCUUUGCAAGGCGAACAUCAAAGUUGUCAAUCAAAGUUAGACGGGGUCCAGCAGACCACAGUAGCCUUCAUGCGAUGCCCUCAACAUCCAUUAUUUUGCAUCGUCACGAAUAUGUAUCAACACGGACUCGAUUCAAUCUAUUAUCUCAAAGCCUCACCGUUUUUAUUCAAAGAAGUCACGAAGCCGGUGCAAGCGCUCAAGUCGCAUAUCAUCCGAAUGUAAUUUAACAACCAUAUGAUUCAACAAACAGAACUGAACCGCUUCCUAAGCAGCUUGGAUAGAAACUGAUUCGAUAAUGAGUUUCAUUGUCCUUCACACCAUUCGCCCACGAUCAGAUCUUAGAUGCAUAGGUCAUAUUAGGA